AUGACCUCUACCUCAAACGCCGCAACUGAUCGGACCGUCGAUUUGACUGCUCAGUCUGGGGAUCCGCCGGGAGACGAUGCGCAAUUGCCAGGGAAUAAUGUCGAUAAUGAAAAGGAGAAUGUGAAUCCGCGCGAUUGGAUACCGGGAUAUAAGCCGGUUGCAGAGCAGGAUGGACGGGACACGACACAGCAGGACGAGGUAGAUGACUUUGGGCUUCCGAUUCGAGCGCGCCCUCGGCCACCACCGCAGCCCGCAAGUGAAGCCUCGGAUGAUAAUGAGACAUUUCAUGAUGUGGAGAAUAGCUCACUGGAAAAAGACGGCAACGCUCAGCUGGAACGUCAAGGGGGCCCAAAAGCUGCGGAGAACUCAGAACAACCAAACGAGCCAGAGAAAGAGUGUGAAGCUACUGCGCAUAAGCCUGGGGCCUCUGGCGACUUAACACAAGGUAGUCAAGAGAGCCAAGCAGCACAAUUGCCCGCUCAAGCGCCAGUAUCGGACAAGAACGAAUCUUCAGAGAAAGACCCCAUCGUUUCACCACAAAAUGAGACACCAGCCACCCCUAGCGCACCUACACAAGGUGUCCAAGACGCGAAUGCCACGCCAAACGCAGAAAGCACCAUUGCCCCCAAACCCGGAAGCCAACGUGAAAAACGCCCAAAUCUCAAAGCUUCGGAAUGGUCACAUCAGCGACUUACCGCAGCGGGCCAAGACUCGGACGACGAUGAGAGCGAGGAGGAAGAUGAGGGUGAGUGGAAGGAAAUGCCUGCCCUUGGGGAGUUCGACGAGUACGACGAUUUUGGUCGGUUGCUUGCUCGAGGAGCCAAGAGACAGGAAGAAGAAGAAUAUGCACAAAAGGGUUAUAGUGGCGCUGGCAAGGGCUACACUCGUGUCCAGCUCGACGAGGAUGCCCAAUCAGCGACAAGCUUGGACGAGGACACGAGCUACCUAUUCAGAGAAGCAGCAGGCAACUCAGCCGGCGUAGAAGGAGAAGAGCUGCGCGAUCCCGACAGUCAACUUCAGGCUACGAAAGACAUCCUGACCGAAGGCCAAAGGAUAGCAUAUGUCGGAGUAACAAGGCUGUCUAUACACGAAAUGUCAUUAGAUUUGGAGAAUAUACCCACGACUAAAGGCGCGAAAAAGGCAUUGCAGAAGGGCAGAGACGCCACGAAGAUGUGGGGACAAGCGAUGAUGGCACGGCUUUAUGCGCACAUGGAAAUCGAUGCAGCAGAGCAGAUCAUGAUUGAGCAGUUGGCCCAACAUGGCGUGCGGCCAUUGGAUCUUGUACCGCCGUUAAUGCAAAAUGCGCGAGUCAAGAACCCCAUUGCAGAGGAAGACGAUCCCUCACGCCAGUCUACAUCCUCCGUUACCUCUCCCGGCGCUAAGGACAGUGAAAAAGGCAGUAUCUCUACUGAAGUAAAUCGAGAUUCAGCGUCGACGUCCCCUCCUCCACCGUAUGAGGCGACCAGCGGCGGAGAUGACUUUCCAGAGGUUCAGUCCCCAUCCGAUAUGCCAACAUCGGCAAAGAUCGAUAUCGACCUCCGAUGGACAGUCCUUUGCGAUCUCUUCUUGGUUUUGAUUGCAGACUCAGCCUAUGAUUCUAGAUCCCGGAGCUUGCUCGAGAGGGUUGGUCGAGCUAUGGAAGUACCAUGGCUUCAAAUUACUAAGUUCGAGAAACGAGUGAUGGAUGCCCUUGAGAUGCAGGAAGCAGAGAAUAACCAGGAGCAAUGGGACGAAUCAGACCAUAUGGAGAAGCGUCGGAAGUCGGCCUUGAAGCGCAGAUAUAUGGUCAUGGGUCUGGCUACUGUAGGAGGUGGACUAGUCAUUGGUCUCUCAGCUGGGUUGCUGGCGCCAGUCAUCGGUGCCGGUCUUGCUGCUGGCUUUACUACAGUCGGGAUCACAGGCACCAGUGCUUUCCUGGGAGGAGCAGGUGGUACGGCUUUGAUCGCGUCCGGUGCUACAUUGACUGGAGGCACAAUCGGGCUGAGAGCUUCGCAUCGCCGAACUGGCGCUGUCCGAACAUUUGAAUAUCGGCCGCUCCACAAUAACAAACGAGUCAAUCUCAUUAUUACGGUGUCUGGUUGGAUGACUGGCAAGGUUGAUGAUAUACGGUUGCCCUACAGUACCGUCGACCCUAUCAUGGGUGAUAUAUAUUCCGUUUUAUGGGAACCUGAAAUGUUGCAAAGUAUGGGUCAAACCAUCAACAUUCUGGCUACAGAGGCGUUGACCCAAGGUCUUCAACAUGUUCUCGGAAGCACCGUUUUGGUAGCUCUUAUGGCAUCGCUACAACUGCCCCUUGUCCUUACAAAAUUAUCUUACCUGAUCGAUAACCCAUGGAACGUCUCCUUGGCUCGUGCGAACGCAGCCGGGCUUAUCAUGGCCGAUUCCCUAAUGGACCGCAACCUGGGUAAAAGACCUGUAACCUUGCUCGGCUAUUCACUUGGGGCGAGGGUCAUCUUCUCAUGCUUGAAGGAACUCGCAGAUAAGGGAGCCCAAGGACUUGUCGAGAACGUCUACAUGUUCGGAUCACCAAACGUGGCAAACAAGGAUGAGUACAUCAAAGCUCGCAGCGUGGUCUCUGGGCGCUUCGUCAACGGCUACGCUUCCAACGACUGGAUCUUGGGAUAUCUCUUCCGUGCGACAAGUGGUGGAAUUAUGCGUGUGGCCGGCCUUGCGCCAGUGGAAGGAAUCCCUGGAUUAGAGAAUUUCGAUGUGACCAAGUUGGUCAAUGGACAUAUGGAUUAUCGCGCAGCAAUGCCUCGGUUAUUGAAAGAGGUUGGAUGGGAAGUGCUCAGCGAGGAAUUCGCCGAAAUCGAAGACCCUGAUCCGGAAAGCCAUGGCGAGCGGCAGCGGGAGUUGAUCCGGGAGAUUGACGAAGCCCGCAAAGAAGCGGAGAUGAAACCAGAGAAGAAGCGAUUUGGACUGUUCAAGCGAGGGAAACUGGCGCAAAAGAAGGGUUGGGAGACAUACGACGUCGAACGCAACAAGUCCAUAUCUCGAAGCUCGACUGACAGUUCCGGUACCGGGUCGGUUCUGUUUGACAUUGAUGCUAUCAAAGCCGAACUGGCUUCGGAGGCCAUUGAAGUUAAGCAGUUGGAGUCGACCCUUCCUCCGAUGAAGUUAGAUUUGAACUCUCCAACCGGAUCUCCUACUACACCUUCAUCCUCUGAUGUGAAAGCGAAAGAGAAAGAAACUCCAAGCGCAGGACCAACUCAGUCAACACCAGAACCAGCUUCUAAUCACAAGUCACCGCUGCCUGAUUUGCUCUCUAAUCCGCACGAGGAAGAGGGAAUUGAAAUGACCUUUGAUACUUCCUACGACGAGGACACGCUACAACGUUCGCACUCUGCGUUCGAGCCAACACACGGCAGCAACCAUGACCCAUAUCCUACGAGACCAGAAUUGCGAUCCUCUGCGACGAUGCCAGUUGGUGCUGGUGCGGGCGUUGGCGCCGGCGUCGGUGCCAGUGCUCUGGGUGCGUUAGCCUUGGAACCUAAUGCUUGGGCGGAGCAUGAUUUUGAGGGUGGCGAAGAAGGUGAAAUGGAAUUGAGCUUUGAGUGA